AUGUCUUCAACAAUUGAUCCUGCGGGUGCUUCACCCAACGUCACAACCCGUCAAACUCGCAGUUCAACCCGUCAAGCACUUACAUCAUCUGCUUCACUUCGAAGAGACCAAAGUCCAGACUCUGACUCCAAGAAGCCCCCAAUCACUCCUCUUCCAUCAGACUACUCAAGAUGGCGAAUCCCUCUUCCUCCUGAAGACCGCGACGCCUUGGUCACUAAGCAUGACUGGCUCACUACUCAUACCGUCCCUCUUCCCAAAGAUGUUCUUCGCUCUUUCUCUCUUGAUCCUGCGACAUACCUCAACCCCGUGGAUGCCACUUAUGUUUUUGCACAGGCCGAGGCUGGCACUGCAGUCUGCAUUUCACCUGAUGGCAUUCUUCUUACCUGUGCCCAUUGCGUUGCUGAGAACGCAGGGGAGCUCGCAAAGGUCCCUUUCCGCGUUCUUAUAUCCGCAAGCGGAAAUAUUGUCAUGGCUCAAAUAAUCUCAUGGGACCCAAUUCGAGAUCUGGCUCUCCUGAUCAUCGACAAAGCCCAGUCACCCCAAAGGCCUUUUCCUUAUGCCCGCAUUGCAUCAUCCCCUCCCAAGUUCAACUCCAAACUCCUGUGCAUAGGUCAUCCUGGCUCAGAGGACCUUGAGUCAAGGAAGAAGAAAAAGACCGGGUAUGGCACAUUGGAGCUCAGCGAAGGUGCAUUCCGUGGAAUGGCCGAGGAUCAGGACCCUCAUGACAAUAGCAAAAUCGGAGCUCUCAAGCACGACUGCUGGACGUACUGGGGGCACAGUGGUGCAGGCUUAUUUGACCGAGCGACGGGGAACUUGGUAGGUGUGCAUUCGAGCUGGGAUGAUAAAACGGCUAUGAGAAGGGGUGUGCCUUUGGAGGCGGUGGCGGCGUUUCUUGAAGAGUUCGCGAUGAGUAAAGGAGAGGCUUUCGGGAAGAGUUGGCAAUGGUAUGUUAGGUGA